GCAGGUGGCGUUAGAGUGCAAGACCAGGGGAAGAAAAAUGGAAGCCUUUGGGAGAAACAACGCAGACGUGAUGCUAGGGCACUGAAUCUCGCCAUGUUACUACUGUGCACUGGAGUCCGGGUGCAUGUGUGCGCGCUUGAGUGUGCGCGCGGCCGCCGCUAUCCCUCCUGUCCCGGCUCGCGCAGGGGUUUAAAGCCGGAGCGGCGUGGCUUCGCAGACUGCAUACCUGGAUGCUGUGGGGCGGGGGAGACAGGUGUGCGAGCCUACGAGCGCUGAUUGGCCGUCCGUGCCGCGCCUUCCUUGAAUUGCUACCUGCUGGGGCUGGCCCCGCACGGCUGGCCCUUCUUCACCUGCGGGUAGCUUUCCUUGUCCCUGCAGGAGGCGGUCCACUAGCUGGUGGUGCAGGCCUGUGGAGGGCUUGCGGGCCCGGCGUCCCGCGGGGAAGAUGAACGGUCCCAGCUCCAGGUCCAGCCACCUGUCGCAGCCGGUGGUGAAGAGUGUGCUGGUGUACCGCAAUGGGGACCCCUUCUUCGCCGGGCGCCGCGUCGUCAUUCACGAGAAGAAGGUGUCCAGCUUCGACGUCUUCCUCAAGGAAGUGACCGGCGGUGUGCAGGCGCCCUUUGGGGCGGUUAGGAACAUCUACACCCCGAGGACCGGCCACCGCAUCAGGAAACUGGACCAGAUAGAGAGCGGGGGCAACUAUGUGGCUGGGGGCCCGGAAGCUUUCAAGAAACUCAAUUACUUGGACAUAGGUGAAAUCAAGAAAAGACCAAUGGAAGCUGUUAAUACUGAGGUGAAGCCUGUCAUCCACAGCAGGAUCAACGUGUCUGCCCGCUUCAGGAAGUCGCUGCAUGAGCCCUGUACCAUUUUCUUGAUUGCGAAUGGAGACCUCAUAAGCCCAGCCUCUCGCCUCCUCAUCCCUAAAAAAGCUUUAAAUCAGUGGGAUCACGUGCUACAAAUGGUCACAGAAAAAAUAACUCUUCGGAGUGGGGCUGUCCACAGGCUUUAUACGUUAGAAGGAAAACUGGUUGAGAGUGGAGCAGAACUGGAGAAUGGGCAGUUCUACGUGGCUGUUGGCCGAGAUAAGUUUAAGAGACUACCGUACAGUGAGUUACUUUUUGACAAGUCAGCAAUGAGAAGGCCUUAUGGUCAGAAGGCUUCUUCGCUACCUCCCAUGGUGGGAUCCAGGAAGUCUAAAGGGAGCGGAAAUUAUCGCCAAUCUAAGUCAACCAUCGGCUCCAGUGAUAACUCAUCUCCUCAGCCUUUGAAGAGGAAAGGCAAGAAAGACUCAAACUCAGAAAAACCUAUGAAAGUGAAACAAAGUGUGAAGUCGAAGACUUCCCACCAAGAAAUCCCAGACAAUGUGUGGAAGCCCAGCCUAUGGGAUGGUGCCACCCACAUUCAAGGUGAAGGCAUUUUCAAAGCUGGAGCAGAGAGAUCUGAAACAAGGGGGGCAGCAGAAGUUCAGGAAGACGAAGACACUCAGGUUGAGGUUCCAGUGGACCAGAGGCCAGCAGAGAUAGUUGAUGAGGAAGAAGAUGGAGAGAAAACAAGCAAAGAUGCCAACCAGAAGGAAGACUUUUCAGCAAUGAAUGGUGAGACUGAAGACAGAGCGGGUAGUAAAGCAGCUGAUGCCCCUGAGCAGGAGGAAGGAAUCCCAGAUCCCGAGCAGAAGAAGGCAAGCCCCUCUCGGGUAAAUGGUGGCACGGAUAAAGAGAAUGGUGAGGAACUGGACCAGGUUACCGAGGAGCUUCAACCAACUGCGAACGAGGAAGGAAAGGCUGAAGUAGACAACAGUGGACAAGAUGAGGAUGGUUUAGAUGCUCAAAGACCACCAAGACCAGAAGUGACAGUCACCAGCCCUCAAGAGAAUGAGGAGAAUGAAGCAAACAAGGCCUCUUCUGCUGUGGCAUAGAUGGUUUAAAGCAGAGAAUACAAGGGAUGUGAGAGGAUGCAGAGCUAUAAUACUUGAAUAAUGAGCACAGCAUCUCUUCAUGUAGAAUGUGGCAAUGUGGUGGAGGCCCUACCAGUUGCAUUUUAAAAAUAGAAUCUACAUGAAAGGAAGGGUUAGGCCAUUUGUAACUCAAUAACAUAUGCUUAUGACAGGUGUUUAAAAAAUUUCUUUAGAGAACAAAAUAAGAGAGAGAAAGUGGAUUUGCACCUUAAGACAGCAGUUGGCUACCUGUGUUUGUAAAGGAAAGACGUGGGGUAGCUCCCAUUAGAUACUUCAUUAUAGACUUGGAAGCAAGAAUACUGGCAGCUUGUUCUAAAGCAUUUAUCUAGGAAUGUAUAGAUUUUUAAAGAAGUGGUAAUAGGAAAAACAUGUAUUAUGUUUUUAAAGCAAUAAACUGUUGAUUAAGCAAUGA